AUGCACAAAGAAGAAUCAGCCCCUUCCUUGAUCCUUAGGGUGUAUCACAGCCAGGGCCCAGACUUGAAGCUUUCCCAUGCCCCUGGGGUGUAUGCAGCAGGCCAGGAGACAGGGCAGAGUCUUGGCCAGGCAGCCUUGCAACUUCACCCGCAGUUGCCAGCUUGCAGAACAGAGCCACAGUCAGCUCUGAGGCUGGUGGACACCGGCCAGACUUGGCCCUGUUCCCAGAGCAGGGUGUAUGUCAAGGGUGCAGCUUGGGUGGCAGCAGCAGGAUUUGGGUGGAGGUGGGAAGCCAGCUCCAAAAACCUGCAUCAGGUGGGCUCCGGGAAGUGGUGCCCCGAGGAAGAUGAAGGUGGGCUCUGGCAUGAUCCUCUUGCUGACUUUGCUCUCUGGGGCCGCUCCGGGUUUAGGAAGGAUGUGUCACCCACAUCCCCUUCCACCCUCCCAUGGGGGGAGCGCAUUAAUAGGGUCAGCUACCAGCCCGGGUACCACAUCCGGAACAAGAGUCUCAAGAAGAUCCACAAAGCUGCCAGCUUGGGCAACGUAGCUGGAGUCCAGCAUAUUCUGUUGCUCAAGAAAAAUGGCUUGGAUGAUAGAGACAGGAAGAACAGGACUGCUCUCCAUUUGGCCUGUGCCAAAGGCCAUCCAGCAGUGGUAUCUCUCUUAGUAGAGAGGAAAUGCCAGCUGAACCUCUGUGACAAUGAGAACAGGACAGCACUGAUGAAGGCCACCCAGUGCCGGGAAGAAGAAUGUGCAAAUAUUCUUCUGGAACACGGGGCUGACCCAGAUGUCGUGGACGUCAAUGGCAGCACUGCCCUCCACUAUGCUGCCCUUGAUCAGAAUUCCUCCAUGGCAGCAAAGCUGCUUUCACACAAUGCCAACAUUGAGGCAAAAAACAAGGAUGGCCUUACACCACUCUUACUUGCUGUCACUGAAAACCAACAGCAAAUGGUGGAAUUUCUAAUAAAGAAUGGAGCAAACGUCCAUGUGACUGAUAAGAAGAAAAGCAAUUGCCACCUGAUUUCUGAAUAUAAAGAAGAAAAGCAACAUAAAGGUCCUUCUCUAAAUGGCAACCCAGUGUGUGAAAGUUCUGAAGAAGACUCUUUAAGCAGGUUUUCCAACAGACCUGGUGCUGAUGAUUCAUGGCUUAUAUCAGACAAAGUCCUUGAUUCGGAUACCGAGGCCAACGGCAGUUCUGGCAUGCAUAUGAAAGAAGUAUGGAAAAAUGAAAGAGAAAAGUGGUCAUCAGAAGAACCUGUGGUUCCACCAAUAUUUGAGAAGGCUGAUUCACCACUGACUGUUGAUUCACUCCACGUGAAUGAUGGCAGAAGCUUAAGUGAAAGAGAUCAGGAUGAUGGCAGGCCUAUAAAGAAAACACCUAAUGAAAAGAACAAGGUCAAAGAGCAAAUUAAUUCUGUGGAUGACCUUGAGGACUUAACUCAGUUCUCUGAAACGGCUUCCAAGGAUCGUGAGUUGCUUUCCUCUAAAUCUAUGAAUGCUAUGUUGCUAAUUGAACAACUUGGCAUGGAGUGUAAAGAUUCUGUUAGCUUAUUGAAAAAUCAGGAGUUUGCAGGCAGAUCCAAGGCACUGCAGUUGCAGGAAGCUGAGAGUCUCGAGAAAGCAAAAAAACUGUUGUCUGAAAACCACAUGUCACAGAAUGAAAUUGCCAUGUUAAAACAGAAAAUAGAGGUAAUAAAAAAUCAUAGCCAGGAAAUGGGAAAGAAAUGUUUUAGGGACAUUAAAAUUGCAAAAAAUAAGUUUGCUAAACUUCAAGAGAGAGUAAAACUUGAGGACAUAUUAACAAAAACAAUCUUGGAAUGCAGUAGACAGCUUAAUGUUCUGACAGCUGAGAAUACAAGGCUGAAGUCUGAACUGGACAAUGAAAGACAAAAUAAAGAAAGACCUGAAAGGCAAGUUGAAUCAUCCCACUCUGGAUUGGCUACUGCCACACAUGAUCAAGAACAAAGUCAGACAUCAGAAAGAGACCUGGAACUUGCCUUCCAGAGAGCAGAAGAUAAGUGCUUCCCCUUCCAAGAUGAAAUAAAUUUGGAUUUGUCUAACCUGAAAGAUAGCAAGGUGCAUUCCCAGCAACUGUCUACAACUGAAGGAAAAUCCAAUAGCCUAGAAACCGAGCUCCAUCACAGGAGAGAUGCUCUCGGAGAAAAGUCUUUGGUGUUUGAACCUGUACCUGUACAGAGAGACCUAAGCCAAGCACAGUGUCAGAAGAAGGAAAUUGCACACAUGCCUCCAAGUGAACAAGGCAAAGUGAAGAAGUACAUGGGCGAGCAGCAAGAGUCCUUGAAGGAGAGAUCAUCCCAACUAGAGAGUGAAAACCUGUUGCUGCGACAGCAGCUGGAUGACUUGCAAAACGAAGUCGACAGCAAGGAGAAAAUGGUAAUUAAUCUCCAGGACCAGUGUCUGGAUAUUAUCAAAAAAUUCCAAGCUGAAAGUGAAAAACCACAUCUGAUGCUGAAGGAAAGAAACAAGGAGUUACCCGAGGAAUGCAGUCACCUAAAAGAGAGGAGGAAUCAGUAUGAAAAUGAGAAAACGGAAAGAGAAGUGGUUGUGGGACAACUUCAACAAGAACUGGCUGAUUCCCUAACAAAGCAGUCCCUGUCUGAGGCUUUAUUGGAGCUGAUGUCGCCUGAUCGUGCUAAAUUAGAAGAUGAGACACAGGAUUUAAAGAAGAAACUACGUCAAAUCACAAGUCGAUUGCAAGAAGCACAAGAACUACAUAUAGAGGCCGUGAAGUCUACCGAGAAGAUGAAGGAUCACAUGCAAAAGCUUGAAAUUGAAUCUGCCAACUUGAAAGUGACGAACAAAAAGCACGUGGGCGAAAUUGAACAGCUUCAUGGAAACCCGCCAAGUACAAGUGUGUCUGUGGAUGGAAAGGAACAAUUAAAGCAACUGAGGGAGUUCAUACCGUUUCUGGAAAGCAGUUUGGAUCAGGAAAAGAAGAAAACUGAUGGAUUAGAAAAAGAGCUUACUGGAUUGAAGGAACGCUUGGAAAUGGCAAGAAGGGAAGUAAAUGAAGAUGAAAAAGGAGAGCUUAGUGCCCAUGGUGUUGUAAAAAGCAGUCCAACUGAAAUGGAUAUUCAGAUAGAUACGCUAAAACAUAAGAGUGAUGGUCCGAGAGCACAGCAGUGAACUGCAUGUUCCAAAUGUCUACAUCUGGAUGCAAAAAAUCAAGUUCUUCAACAGGAAUUAUUAUGUACGAAAGGAAUGCAGAAGAGAUGUGGAAAACUCGGGGAGAAUAAAAAAAAAUUGGAACAAGCAGUAGUAAACCUCAAGAGUCACAUAGAAAUGAAUAUGGUGGAACGCAGUCAGGUAGAGCACUGUGAACAGGAGAUUGAAGAAGGAGCAAGACAGGAGAUAGAAGAACAGUUAACAAAAGUCCGCUUAUUCCUACAGACACAAGCAGUGUCUCAAGAAAACUUAGAGCAAUAUCUGAAAUCUCAAUGCUCCAAAGAAAACACUUUUCAUGAAUCUUCUAGUAAAACGAAAUUGGAAAAAUAUAAGAAACUCUACCUAGAAGAAUUAAAAUUGAGAAAGUCGCUGGGAAAAAAACUGAACAAACUUCACAGGAUUAAGGAGAGGCUGGCUGAGACCAGUACGAAACCUCUGUUGAAGAAACAGCGGAACAGAUCUUUACCCCAAACAUUUACUACAAGUCCAGUCCUGGAGCCACCUGGUGCUGAAAAUAUUCCCAAUAGCUCCGUGUUCAGAAGAAAUCUUAAAACAAGAGAAACCUUAAAGUCUUCUACCUCACGUUCACGACCUUCAUUUGACAGCAUUGUGACUGACUUGAUGAAGAGUCAGCGGAAGAUGGAAAAAUAUAUAAAUAGAGCAUUAGCAGAAGGCAUUGCUGAACUUGAUUCUGUGUACCGGAGAGCUUCUCAUCUAAGAUCUAGUGAUGAGCCCUUUUGCAACAGCAGCAGCAUCGGUCCAGCUACUACCUACUCCCUGCCACCCUCUGUCCAUGUGCUGCCCGGUACCCUGCUGAGCAGUGCUGAACCAGGAGGUAGCUCGGUGACCAAAGCUUGGAGGUCACUCAAGACGCCCCUGCCUCGCCCCAGACGAACUGGGGCAUUUACCCAAAAAGGGUGCUGUGUCACUGCCAGCUGGCCAGCCAUUAACAACCAUCCUGGUGACAUUUGCAGCGGGUGUCGGGUGCCACCUGGUGGCCGCUUUUAG